UGCAGAGACAGUACACUGCUGUGCACCCCUCUCCUCCUCCUCCUCCUGCCUCUUACAUCCUGCUGUCAUCCAGGCAAGAGGUACAAAACCAGCAGACAGGAACCCAGUCAUAGAGGAAACGCCCUGCAGGAUGUCUGACUCGUUGGUGGUGUGUGAUGUGGACCCUGAUCUGAAAGAUAGGCUGAGGAAAUUCCGCUUCAGGAAGGAGACCAAUAAUGCCGCCAUCUUGAUGAAGAUUGACAAGGACAAACAGCUGGUGGUCCUACAGGAAGAGUUUGAGGACAUUUCCCCUGAUGACCUACAGAAUGAGCUACCAGAACGUCAACCCAGAUUUCUGGUAUACAGUUACAAGUACAAGCAUGAAGAUGGGCGCGUUUCAUACCCACUGUGCAUGAUCUUCUCCAGCCCAAUCGGUUGUAAGCCUGAGCAGCAGAUGAUGUACGCAGGAAGUAAGAACCGACUGGUACAAAUCGCAGAGCUUACUAAGGUAUUUGAAAUUAGAAACACCAGCGACCUUACAGAGGAAUGGCUGAGAGAGCGCCUGGCUUUCUUCCGAUGAAGUGGACCAAUAUGGAUGCUAGAGACGAGCACAUUUUCCAAAAUUUGUCUCACCAACAGUUCGCCCCCUGCAGUCUGGGUGAUGAUGUGAAAGAGAACUGUAAUUUGAAAAAUGUCCAACUAUAAUGCCGCGUACACACGAUCUAAAUUUUCGACAAGAAAACCGUGGAUUUUUUUCCGAUGGAAUGUUGGCUCAA